GGAAGACAAGUUUCAUUUGCAAAGGUUGAGUGUUGCAAUAUUUUCCUCACUGCAUGCUAGUGAACAAAGUGAAGGAGAAGAUGUCCAGGCAGGGACCCCUCUCCCUGCUCACCUGGAUGGCAGCCAUGGCUGUCUCUUCAAUGGCUUUCAACAUUGAUGAAGCAAACCCAAAAAUCUACAAGGGGGAGGAAAAGGAUUUCUUUGGUUACAAAGUCCUGCAAUUCAUUUCUGGCAAAGACAAAGGGGUAAUGGUCAGUGCUCCAUAUCAGAAGAACGGAUCUGGUGGAAUCUGUAGCUGUGCUCAAGACACAACAAGCUGUAAAGACUUUUACACUCCUCAAGGAACUGACACAAUCAAGUACAUUGGACUGUCUAUGGCUGGACAAUCUACUUCUCCUCCAACGUUCACUGCCUGCAGCCCUGGCCUGACACACGAGUGUUAUGGGAACUCCUAUCUGAACAGUAUCUGUUAUCAGUUCAACAGCCAGCUCCAGAUCACCUCGAGCUUCACACCUGCCUUCCAAGAAUGUACUAAGAAAAUAGUGGACCUCGUUUUCCUCUUUGACGGAUCAGGAAGCAUGACAAAGGAUGAAUUUAAUGAGAACAAAGGUUUCAUAAACAAUAUCAUGACAACCCUAAAAAACUCCUCAAUCAAGUUCGCAGCGGUUCAGUUCUCAUCGAUAGCCAGGACAGUUUUCAACUUCAAUGACUACCAAGAGGGGAGAGCCUUGACUAAUCUUUGGAAAGAAGAGCACAUGGCUGAUCUAACCAACACACAUCAGGCUAUAGACUUUCUUUUGAACAACAUUUAUGAAAACCAAGCUGCCGGCGCCACCGCAGAUGCAACUAAAGUACUGGUCAUAAUAACAGAUGGAAAUCCCAGUGAUACUGAUAGAAAGUUUAACUCUAUCAAAAGAAGUGAUGACAAAAACAUCAUCCGCUUCAUCAUCGGGGUCAAGAUUCUCGAUUUGACGAAACUCAAGUCCCUGGCAUCGGAGCCAAAAGAGAACAACACUUUCCUCAUCCAGGACUACAACGGACUAAAAGGAAUCCUAGACAACUUUCAAAAAAAGAUCUUCAACAUUGAAGGUUCCAAGACUGCUCUGGCUGGAAACUUGACUAAAGAGAUGUCUCAGAGUGGGUUCAGCGCUGUCUACGUUAAUAAGGACACCUUGGUUCUGGGCUCAGUGGGAUCAAACAACUGGCGUGGAUCUCUCUUUGAGACUGAGGGUCUGGGAUCAGAGGAAAGGGAAAUUCAGGACUCCACCUUGGACAAAGAUUCCUAUAUGGGAUACUCUGUAGCUGUUGGGAGGAAGAACGAGAACCUUCUAUAUUUUACCGGAGCACCAAGAUCUGAACACAUGGGACGGAUCCUACUUUUCAACAAGGUUAACAACAACUGGACUGUGGCACAAAGAUUGUCUGGAGAACAGAUGGGCUCCUACUUCGGGGCAGAGCUGUGUUCUGUGGACAUAGACUCAGACGGCAACACAGACUUCCUCUUGGUGGGUGCACCAAUGUUUCACCAACCUCCGAGAGAGGGCAGAAUCUACAUCUACACACUGACUGAUAAGCUGGAACUGAGGAUGGAGAGGAAUGUUUCAGUGCUGGCUCGGGGUAGAUUUGGCUCCUCCAUCUCCUCUCUCACAGACCUGAAUGGAGAUGGGCUGACGGAUGUAGCUGUGGGCGCUCCACUUGAGGACGAUCACAGGGGGGCCGUGUACAUCUACCUGGGUGAAAAGCUAAAGGGGAUCCGCCCUGAAUUCAGCCAGCACAUCUCAGCUGCGAGGAUGAGAUCUAAGCUCCAGUUCUUUGGCCAGACGAUUGAUGGGAAGAUGGACCUGGGUGAGGAUGGACUGACUGACAUCGUAGUAGGAGCGCGUGGCACAGUUGUCGUCUUGAGGUCCAGACCGGUCCUCAGCCUCUCUGCUCAUCUCCACUUCCAUCCCUCGGAGAUCAGCACUGAUAACUUUGACUGUCUGGCAAAAGAGAUCAUUUCCCCCGUGGUGACUUUAACAGCCUGCUUUAACAUGGCAGAGGCAACAAAGAGUAAAGCUGAGGCACUGAGUGCAGGGAUGAACGUCUCCUACUCGCUGGAUGUGGAUCCAGUGAGACAGAGGAGCCGAGCCUUUUACAGUGACACGAACAAAGGGGCCAGAAGUCUUCUCUCUACUGUGGAGCUGAGAAAGAAGCGGACCUGCUUCAACCACUCAGUCUACAUGACACAAUGCGUGAUUGACACAUUAUCGCCCAUAAUCAUCCAACUUCAUUUUUCUCAAUCUGAAAGCCAACAAGAGGGUCGUACUGCCAUUCUGAAUACUGACAGUCCUACAAAGGCUGUGGUCGAGGUGCCCUUUGAAAAGAACUGCAAAGAAAAUGAAACCUGUUUGGCAGAGCUUGAGGUGGACCUCAACUUCAUCACAUCGACUUUAUUAGUGGUGGACCAGAGUUACUUCAACGUGACUAUAAGACUGUCCAAUCACGGGGAUGACUCCUACAACACCAGUCUAACCCUCCUCUACCCUCCUGGCCUCUCAUUCUCCAUGAUGCAUCUUCUGAAGUCCACAAGGAGAACUGUGUUCAGCUGUGGCGGUCUGGAAGAUGAAAUUGACAGAACUACAUGCAGUGUCAGCCUCCCUGUCUACCGUAGUAAAACUACAGCCGUGUUCACCAGUAAAUUCCAUAUUUUGAAUGCAUACGACUGGAACGACACAAUGGAAAUGACCGUCAUCGGACUGAGCGACAAUGGAAACUCAACCAGUAGUUCCCUAACCAGGACCAUCCCUGUUCAAUAUGCAGUUGACCUGGUAGCAAAAGCCCUUCCCCAAGACUCCACCACUUACAUUAACUUUACUCUGGAGGACACAUCACCGAAAAGACUGGUGAAUGUAUAUGAGGUGCAGAACUUAGGCUUUACUCCUGUACCCAUCACAGUCACCUUCACUUUCCCAACUAAGCUUGAGCACAGAUUUGAAAUGAAGGACUACGAAAUAUCUGUCUUACAGAACUACACUCAAUGUGGAAAGGUUAUCAAUUCAACAACAGAGUACUGCUCUCCAGAAAAAUACUGCAAGUCCAUCGAGUGUGACAGUUUCCUUUUGGAGAAGUUUUUGACAGUUACAUUUGUGCUGUCUGGAAAUGUUUCCUUCAAGGACCUCGAUCAACAUGCAGAGAGCUUGGCAUUGCCAAAGAAAUUCACUGGGGAUAGAGAAACAGUCAACUUCAUCAGUUUUGUCAAACUCAGCUAUGACAAAAAACGAUAUGUCCAGACAGCGAGUGACCCAGGGGAUAACUCUACAAGCUUCCACCAAACACAGAUUGAUGUUCAGGCUGAGAUCAUCAUUCCUCCACAUAGAGCGCUGAUAAUAGGUACAGGAGUUGGAGUAGGACUCUUUCUCCUGAUCAUCAUCACAAUGGCCAUGUAUAUGCUGGGAUGUUUCAAGAGAAAAAGGCCUGUUGAUAAUGCACAGGAAGAUGGGAAAGAAGGGGAACAGUGUGACCAAGAACUACAGCCUGAGAGUGUAGCAGUGGAGUCAAAUCCUCUCCUUGACGACAGUCAAACAAAAAACAAUGGCUUCCCCACUAGUGAGGCGGUAGGGGAGGGACCAAAAGAAGAACAGGAUGUGUCAGAGUCAGAAGCAGGCUAAUGGAGUAGAGAAACUCUUUUCACGCCACUUCCACAUGGAAGGGACUUUUUCAUAGCAGGUUAGGAGAACUUACGCAGCAGGUUAAGAUAAUUGACGUAGCAGGUUAGAGAAAGGAGUAGAGGUCCAAGCAAAAAAACCUCAGAGAAUAAUUGUUAGAUUAAUUAAUGUAGUCUGUCCUGACCACAGAACCACGCAUAUCACUCAAUAUGUAAUUAAGUCUGAAAUACAUUUUUAAAAACUACACUACCGUUCAAAAGUUUGGGGUCACUUGGAAAUGUUCUUGUUUUGAAAGAAAAGCACAUUUUUUGUCCAUUAAAAUAACAUCAAAUUGAUCAGAAAUACAGUGUAAACAUUGUUAAUGUUGUAAAUGACUAUUGUAGCUGGAAACGACAGAUUUUUUAUGGAAUUAUCAGCAACCGUCACUCCUGUAUUCCAAUGGCACGUUGUGUUAGCUAAUCCAAGUUUAUCAUUUUAAAAGGCGAAUUGAUCAUUAGAAAACCCUUUUGCAAUUAUGUUAGAACAUCUGAAAACUGUUGUGCUAAUUAAAGAAGCAUUAAAACGGGCCUUCUUUAGACUAGUUGAGUAUCUGGAGCAUCAGCAUUUGUGAGUUUGAUUACAGGCUCAAAAUGGCCAGAAACAAAUAACUUUCUUCUGAAACUCGUCAGUCUUUUCUUGUUAUGAGAAAUUAAAGCUAUUCCAUGUGAGAAAUUGACAAGAAACUGAAGAUCUCGUACAUCGCUGAGUACUACUCCCUUCACAGAACAGGGCAAACUGUCUCUAACUAGAAUAUUAAGAGGGGUGGGGGGCACCGGUGCACAACUGAGCAAGAGGACAAGUACAUUAGAGUGUCUAGUUUGAGAAACAGAAGUCCUCAACUGGCAGCUUCAUUAAAUAGUACCCACAAAACACCAGUCUCAACGUCAACAGUGAAGAGGCGACUCCGGGAUGCUGGCCUUCAAAAACAAGGACAUUUUUUAGUGACCCCAAACUUUUGAACGGUAGUGUAGAUAUUUCAUGGACAUUGAUGUUUGAUAAAACGUGACCAAAGUGAUUCAGUAUUAUACAUACUAUAUACUUUUUCAAUGUUUAUGUCAAGGUAAACAUUUUUUUAUCUUUGUAUGAUUGCUGUAAUGUCAUUAAUUUAAAGUACUAUGUUCUUACUAGAGAAAUGUACAUUGGCAAAGAGCUUUAUUGUUUCACAUUAUUCUGUAAGAUGUACACUAUAUUUACAAAAGUAUAUGCACACCCCUUCAAAUGAGUGGAUUCAGCUAUUUCAGUCACACCUGGUGCUGACAGGUGUAUAAAAUCAAGCCCACCGCCAUGCAAUCUCCAUAGACAAACAUUGGCAGUAGAAUGGCCUUACUGGAGAGCUCAGUAAUGCAUACCCAUAACAUGAUGCAGCCACCACCAUUUCUUGAAAAUAUUACGAGUGGUAGUCAGUGAUGUGUUGUGUUGGAUUUUUUUGCAGUAUUACUUAUCUGCAUUAUAUUUCAAACAGGAUGCAUGUUUUGGAAUAUUUUUAUUCUGUACAUGCUUCCUUCUUUUCACUCUGUCAUUUAGGUUAGUAUUGUGGAGUAAAUACAAUAUUGUUGAUCCAUCCUCAAUUCUUUCAAUAAAAUCCCCAUUGCCCUCA